UUUUGUCCCAUGGCUGUCAUGUGAUAUUCAUAAGAUUGAAAAAGUGCCUUCUUCGCGAUCACUUAUUAAUAAUUUUGUGUUUUCCGUUUAAUUAAUAAAUCUGCUGAGCCCGGCAGAACUGCAGUAUUAAAACUAAGUUAAUAAAAGUGUACAAAAAUGGUUGAUGCUUACGUUCCUCCAGUUGUUAUCACCGUCAUUUGGGCGUUCAUUGGUUUUAUAUGCCCCUUCUUCGCUCGUGGCCCUAACAGAGGAGUGACACAAUGCUGUAUUAUGCUAACUGCCGUUACCUGCUGGCUCUUUUGGUUGUGUUGUUAUUUAACCCAAAUGAAUCCUCUUAUUGGCCCCAAGCUAUCGAUGAACGAAAUUAUGAUCAUGGCACGUGAAUGGGGCAACGAAAUUAAAGACACCAUGGAUGUCGAGGCAUAAAAAUGCGCAUCAAAUGCCAUUCCUUCAAAACCUAUUUGUUAUUAUUUCUUUCCAUUUAUUUGUUUCCAUCCUUCAAUUGUGUUUACCAAUGUGUCUUAUUAAAAACUGUUUAAGUUUGCAUUAUAUUAUAUACAAAUAAAUAA